AGUCACAAGCAGAGAUCAUUAACACAUGCCAUGCACGGAGCAAGAUCCAGAGGGCAACACCUGAGUUCUGAAGCCCAGGAAGACACGCUCGACCACCAAGCAGCCAGACAGCCCAGGACCUUCCUCGAUCAGCAUGUGGCCACCCAAAGGGGCACGUUUCACCUCACUGCUCUCAAGGACUGCAGCCGUGGGUUUGAUGCUCCUCCAGCUGGUGAGCCCCGACCCAACCUGUGAAGAAAAUGAAACGUGUGUGGGCCAAGAUGAACAACCCCUCAGUGGCUGGUACAUCUGGUGCUUCAUGCUAAUCACUCUGAUCUCCAUCACAUGCUGCAUGGUCCUGGCCUGCCUCCGGUGUUGGCUGAAGAGGUCUCGCCCCUGCCUCCCUGGGCGCACUGUGGCAGUGUUUGCUGUCAAUGACAUCGAGUCCAUUUCUGGCAGAGAAGCAGUCACCAGUCCAACAGGAAGUGCUGACCUCCAUUCUCCACACCUUGUACUAUAUCCUCAAUCCUGUAUUGUCCCUUUGGGGCCCCCACCUCCAUAUGAAGAUGCUCAGAAGACAAGCAGAUUGUAAUCUAGUUUUGUAAGGACCAAAGGUCUUUAUCUUCCCGCCAAUAGCCAGCCCAUUGAAAGGUCAAUCUGCCAUUUUCUGACUUCUUAGUGCAGACCCUAUGAGGGGCUAACAUCACGGACACAUGUCUUAUUUUCAAAUGUCGUUCUUUCUCUGACAUGGCCCAAAGGAGGACAAAGCGAAAAAGGAUGCCUGUACCUGGCAAUGUGCUAAUACCAAAGCAAGAUUGGUCCUGCCCUCUAAUGUACUUCAUAUCAGAGGGAAGAUCAUAUGCAUGUAUUAGUACAGACAAAAAUGAUGGGGCAGGAGGGGGCAAUAGAGGCUGAGGAGAUCAGGUAGCAUUUGAACUGAGCUUUG